GAACUGCUGUCAGCUGCUCGCACGAAACCACUGACUCUAUGGACGCAGAGAGUUGCGUCUGCUCGAGUUUUUAGAUCUUUUUUUUAUUUCUCUCCCCGCAGAGACGACUAUGGCUGCGGCUGAAGCAAUGGUGCCUUCUAUUACGUUUUUCAAAUUGACAGACAAUCUGUCAAAGAUGGGUGAGGUUGCGCGCAGCUCCGCAGGUGGCGCAGACAACCCCAGCUGCAUCGAGGUGGAGUUCAGCAUCGUGCAGUCCCCCGCGCUGCCCCCCAAAGAAGAAGACGAGCUGGGGAAGUUUCUGGACCUCGAGUUCAUUUUGUCCAACACGCUCGGCACCGAUCCCGUCGGGAAUAACGCCAUCGGGAACGUUUCCCCCCCACAGCAGCAGCAGAUGCCGUGCGCGUACUCCCUGCCGAGGUCGCCGGACAGCUGCAGCGGGGGUUACCUGUCCGACUGCAGCGAUCACGUUUCUCCUCACCUGGCUGGAGGACAGGGCUGCCACGGCACCCUAAACCUCCGGGAACCCACCCCGAUGCGCAGCCUCAUGGCGGAGCUUCUCACCCCUGAUGUGAUCGGCUACCCGAGUGAGAGCUCGCCGGACAGACAGGUCAAGACAGAGUACACCGAACUGAGAUCGUUGAGCCAAGUCUCCAUCCCGUCAGCUCCCGCGCACCCCAAGGUGGCCGAAUCUCCUUCCCCGCUUGGAUACAAAAUCAAAACGGAGCCUGGGGUUCAGUCUUGCAUGGUGGCUGCUGGCGGGGGGAACUUCAUGGAGCAGGUGUAUGAGAAACAGCCAAUUACGCGCUCCGUGCACCCAGACGUUUUUACGCAGGCGCAGGUUUCGGUUGCGGGCGGGUUGCAGGGGUUCAGCAGGCCACCCGUGCACCAGUCCGCUUUUCACGGACACGCAGACUGCCACAUAGUGCAAAUGAACUCGAGCCUGAGCUCCCAUCCCCAUCCCAAUAAUAGCCACCACCUCCCGAACCAGUUCAUGAACCAUGCGCACCCGUACCACCCGCAUUACGCGCACCAGUUCCGGGGACAGUACGGCGUGCAAGGGGAGCCCGUGCACGUCCACCAGCAGCACCACUCCAGCUCCAUGCAGGGGAUGAUGCUCACGCCUCCUUCCUCGCCGUCCUUGCUGGACUUUUACGAGCACGACGAGGUGGGAUCCAUCAAGCAGCGGCGAGGCCGCCGGUCGUGCGUCAGGAAACGCGCUGCGACGCACAACUGCGAGUUCCCCGGAUGUGGGAAAACCUACACCAAGAGCUCUCACCUCAAAGCGCACAUGAGGACGCACACAGGUGAAAAGCCCUACCACUGCAACUGGGAAGGCUGCGGCUGGAAGUUUGCCAGAUCAGACGAGCUGACGCGUCACUUCAGGAAGCACACCGGGCACAGACCGUUCCAGUGCCACCUCUGCGAGCGCGCCUUCUCCCGCUCCGACCACCUGGCCCUCCACAUGAAGAGGCACAUGUAGGCCUCUCCUGGCUGCUGGUGCACAUCUCUGCGUCAAGGGAUCCUGGACAUGAUCAAUAAAUAACCAGGAGGUGGCUUAUUCCUGCUACUGACUGUCCCAAAUGAAUGUUGCAAAGGGGCCUAAUGUGCUUUGUUAGGUAAUGCAAGUUUACUGCUGGGAAACAGGUGGUGUUUUUUUUUUUUUUUUCUUUCCAAAAGUGCCUCAGACAAGCAAGUGCCUCUGAUGUUUUUGUAUAUAUAUUUGUGCAUACAUGAAAAACACUAGCUAAGUUAUACUAGUUUAGUAUUUAAGACAUUUCCUCACCCUCUCUCUUUAUAAUAAGUUAUUGGUUGUUGGUGAGUGCCUUAAUGAGAUUGCUUGUUUUCUCACUGUGGGCAGGACCCAGAAUUUUGUAUAUACUGAUGUGUAUUUUUCCAAUGUUUACAUGUUCUGUCUUUGAGACUAUACUCAAAUCAGAUCAGGGUUUCAGUCGUGACUUUUAAAAAAUGAUGUCUUCUCAAUAGAUGCAAUAGAUUUGUUGCCUGUUGUUGGCUCCACUUUAGGUCUUUUCUUCAGUUUUGUGAAUAUUUGCUUGAGCGGUGACCAACACAUGCAGGCUGUAACAAUCCAGAAAUACCAGGUAGUGCCAGCCCACACUCAUUUUACUCAGUUCAUCUACAGCUCAUAACAGGCCCAGACAUGAGUUUUGUCAAGGAGAGAUUAAAUGUUUUUUUUUUUAUUUUGUUUUAAGAAUGAAGAAAUACACACUGUAACCAAUGGUUAAACUGCUAUACUUGAAAAUGAAUUGUAAGCUUACAUGUAUAAUUCUCCUGGAAUGCAAUUGUUUUAUAUGCACUCAAGGGCUUAAUAAUAAAAGUACUUUUACAAUUA